UCCAAAUCAUGAAUCAUGUCCAUGUUCGGACAUCGCAAACACAACCCCUAACCCAAUCGGGCUGCAUCUGCAUGCUCCUCUCUCUGUCUCUGGGUAUUUUCAGCAAACACAGCAGAAUCAUACGCCGAUCCUCACCAAAACGUAGCGUGAGUCUCUCAAAUCCGAUCAAAAUUUGAUGCUUAUUUUCAUACAAUAAUACUAUAUUUCUCUUUGUAAUUCCAAUACACUUCUUUAUCAUUCUCUCUGUUUAUACAUAUACACGCGCACAUGGGUUGCACUGUAAGAGAGAAGCACAUCCGAGCGAAUCGGAGGAUCCGAUCAGUGAAACCAGAAUUCGAUCCCUGUGCUCACAUGGACCGAGCAUCAAUGACCAAAUCCAUAUUUGAUUCGGGUCUCAAAUCUUUGAAAUACCAUCUGGGUCAUCUGGGUCUCAAGGAUUCGACCCAGAACAAUGAUCUUGAUAACUCAAAUAACGAAGAUAACGGGUGGGGUUACUGCACCGAGGAACAGUUAGAGGAAAUUCUGUUGAAAAACUUGGAAUUCUUGUACAAUGAAGCUGUAUCUAAACUUGUUGCAUUGGGUUACGAUGAGGAUGUUGCCCUGAAAGCGAUAUUGCGAAACGGGCAUUGCUAUGGUGGCAUGGAUGUGUUGACAAACAUUAUGCAUAACUCAUUGGCUUAUUUGAAUAGUAGUGGUAGUAGUAAUUGUGGUAAUUGUGGGGGUAGUGUUGGUGGUGAUGGUGAUGGCGAUGUUAGUAGUGGUGGUAAUGGAAAUUCGGAUGAGUCGGAGCCCGUAUUCACGGAUUUGAGGCAGUUGGAAGAGUAUUCGCUUGCGGGUAUGGUGUGUUUGUUGCAGCAGGUCAAGCCACAUUUGAGUAAGGGUGAUGCCAUGUGGUGUUUGCUUAUGAGUGAUCUUCAUGUGGGUCGGGCAAGUAGUAUUGAAAUCCCGGUGAUUCCUUCUUCAAAUAUGGGAAACAAGGGUCUUAUUAGCAAUCCUGCGGUUUCUAGUGGUGUUGAGAGCGGUAGUGAUCGUGGUGUUGUGGCCCCGGCACUUUGCAGGUUUCAUGGUGGGUGGGGUUUUGGGAAUGGGGGAGGGUCGGAGUUCCCAGUUAAUGGGUUUUUCUCGUGUGGCACAGAGGUGACUUUGCAGAGAGAUAUUGAGUGUCCGAAGAGGUUUAAUCUUUCUCCUUCUAUGAAGUCCUUGUUGAAAAGGAAUGUUGCAAUGUUUGCUGCUGGUUUCCGGGCCAACUCAAAACAGCUGCAGCCACGGUCCCAAGCUUGCCCGAGUGCUUUGUCGCAUGGGGAUGCCAAUGUUGUAUUGGGGACUGAAGUUCCAGUCGAGCAGAGUGAGGAGCCUUUGGGUUUGAAGAACCAAGAGGUUGUAAAUUCGGUUUUGUGUAAAUUUCAUGAUUUGAAAAUUGAUGAGAGUUGGGAGUCUGUGGCAGAAGAUCAGAAGGAUGAGAUGAUAGUAACUCUGCUUCAUCAGGUUAAGGAUCUUGAGAGACAAGCGAAGGAGCGGAAGGAGUGGGCACACCAGAAGGCAAUGCAAGCUGCAAGAAAGCUUUGUCAUGACCUGACUGAGCUUAAGAUGUUGAGAAUAGAAAAGGAGGAGACUCAAAGGUUGAAGAAAGGGAAACAAACUCUUGAGGAGUCAACCAUGAAGCGACUAUCGGAGAUGGAGAAUGCUUUGAGAAAGGCUAGUGGUCAAGUGGACCAGGCGAAUUCGGCUGUGAGACGACUUGAGAUUGAGAAUGCAGAAAUCCGAGCAGAGAUGGAGGCUUCUAAGUUAAGUGCGUCAGAAUCGGUCAGGACAUGUUUGGAGGUUGCAAAGAGGGAGAAGAAGUGCCAGAAGAAGCUUUUAGCUUGGGAAAAACAGAAAGGUAAGCUACAGGACGAGAUUGCAGACGAGAAAGAGAAGAUAAAGGAGUUGCAACAUCAUCUGGAUCGGAUCAAACAGGCUCAGAAAGAAGUUGAGCUGAAGUGGAGGCAGGAGGUGAAGGCUAAAGAGCUAGCCUUGGCUCAAGUGGAGGAGGAAAGACGCUCCAAGGAAGCUGCUGAGGCUAGUAACAAAAGAAAGCUCGAGGCUUUACGCCUAAAAAUAGAGAUAGACUUCCAGCGGCAUAAGGAUGAUCUUCAAAGACUUGAGCAAGAACUUUCACGUCUAAAAGCGUCUGCUCAAUCCACCGAGUUGCAUAAUCCAUCAAAUAUGGUAUACACAGCAGACAAUGAGGGACACAAACCACGAGGAGAAACCAUUUACAAGCUGCUUGAUGAAUUAUAUGGUCUGAAAGAUUCCUCAGAGAAUGAAGUCAAUUGUGAUAGGGAAUGCAUACUUUGUAUGAAAGAUGAAGUCUCUGUUGUUUUCUUGCCGUGUUCUCACCAAGUUAUGUGUGCUAAUUGCAGUGAGAACUAUGGAAAAAAGGGUAAAGCUACUUGUCCAUGCUGCAGGGUUCCAAUUGAACAAAGAAUCCGUGUUUAUGGUGCGAGUUCAUAGUUACUUUUACUGUGAGUUGGGGAUUGAAGGGACUCAUGGAGAAUAAUUGUAAGAGCAUUACAAAAAGGGGUUUGUGUUUGAUUUGUUUGUUUAUUUUUCUUC